ACUUCCUUGCAAGCAAAUGCACCGAUCGCUUUCGUGCAGCUCGAGUCUUUUUCUAGAGAGAGGGGGGAUUUGUUGCGGAGGAUCCUUCCUUUGCCUCUUCAAUCUUUCGUUUGCUUCUAUCCCCUCUGUUUGUGUCGAUACGCCCGGCUUUUCGAUUCAGCGAAUUAAAUAACUCCCUCAAUUGCUUUCUAUUUCUCGAGCUUAAUUAUCUGUAUCUACUGAUUUCAAACAGUAAGUCGGUAAUUGCGAUGGCUACCGCUGGAAACAAGAACAUCAAUGCCAAAUUGGUGCUGCUUGGGGAUGUUGGAGCUGGAAAGUCCAGUCUUGUAUUACGUUUCGUGAAAGGGCAGUUUGUUGAAUUUCAGGAAUCAACCAUUGGUGCUGCCUUUUUCUCACAAACAUUGGCUGCUAAUGAUGCGACUGUAAAAUUUGAGAUUUGGGAUACAGCGGGACAGGAGAGAUACCACAGUCUGGCUCCAAUGUACUACAGAGGGGCUGCUGCUGCAAUCAUCGUAUAUGACAUAACUAAUCAAGCCUCAUUUGAGCGGGCAAAAAAGUGGGUCCAGGAACUUCAGUCACAAGGUAACCCCAAUAUGGUUAUGGCACUUGCUGGUAAUAAAUCUGAUCUAUUGGAUGCGAAGAAGGUUGCAGCAGAGGAAGCACAAGUAUAUGCCCAGGAGAAUGGUCUCUUCUUUAUGGAAACCUCGGCAAAAACAGCAACCAAUGUCAAUGAAAUUUUCCAUGAAAUAGCAAAAAGACUACCUCGUGUGCAGCCAGCACAGAACCCAUCUGGAAUGGUGCUUAUGGAUAGACCCUUGGAAAGGACAGCAAACACAUCUUGUUGCUCCUAAGCGCUUCUACAUCAUCACCACCACCACUGCUUGUCUGUAACUUCUUAUGCUUGUAACGCCUACUCUCCUGAAAUCGAAGUUUUACAGUUUCCUGGUUUCCCCUUGUUUGUGUAAUUACUCAUUCAGAAUUGUACAAUGCUUGAUUGUUGAUUCCUCACCAGUCAGUGAACAGAGUUUGAGAUUGGCUUCCCUUGUAGGCUUGUACUGAUAUAUGCGGUUUCUUAUCUGAGUUUCUAGUUUCUACG